AUGCAACUUUCAUGGAAGGAUAUCCCUACUGUCGCUCCAGCAAAUGAUUUGCUGGACAUUGUCUUAAACAGAACCCAGAGAAAGACACCAACUGUGAUCAGGCCUGGUUUCAAGAUUACUAGAAUCAGAGCGUUCUAUAUGCGUAAAGUCAAGUAUACAGGUGAAGGUUUUGUGGAAAAAUUUGAGGACAUCUUAAAGGGCUUUCCCAACAUUAAUGACGUACAUCCUUUCCAUAGGGAUUUGAUGGACACCUUAUACGAGAAGAAUCAUUAUAAAAUAUCAUUGGCUGCCAUUUCUCGUGCUAAGUCUCUUGUGGAACAAGUCGCUAGAGAUUAUGUCAGAUUGCUGAAGUUCGGUCAAUCUUUAUUUCAAUGUAAGCAAUUGAAAAGGGCCGCUUUGGGUAGAAUGGCCACUAUAGUCAAGAAGUUAAGGGACCCAUUGGCCUAUUUGGAACAAGUCAGACAGCAUAUUGGUAGACUGCCAUCGAUCGACCCAAAUACCAGAACCCUGCUGAUCUGUGGUUACCCAAAUGUCGGUAAGUCCUCGUUUUUGAGAUGCAUCACCAAGUCAGACGUCGACGUUCAACCAUAUGCUUUCACAACCAAGAGUUUGUAUGUUGGUCAUUUCGAUUACAAAUACUUGAGAUUCCAAGCUAUUGACACCCCCGGUAUUCUAGAUAGACCCACUGAAGAAAUGAACAACAUUGAAAUGCAAUCGAUCUAUGCCAUCGCCCAUUUACGUUCCUGUGUCUUGUACUUCAUGGAUCUUUCCGAACAGUGUGGUUUCACUAUCGAAGCUCAAGUUAAACUAUUCCACUCCAUCAAGCCUUUAUUCGCCAACAAGUCUGUCAUGGUCGUCAUUAACAAAACUGAUAUCAUCAGACCAGAGGAUCUGGACGAGGAGCGUGCACAAUUAUUGGAAUCUGUUAAGGAGGUUCCAGGUGUUGAAAUCAUGACGUCUUCAUGUCAAUUGGAAGAAAACGUCAUGGAAGUUAGAAACAAAGCAUGUGAAAAAUUAUUGGCUUCCAGAAUUGAGAAUAAGUUGAAAUCACAGUCGAGAAUUAACAACGUUUUGAACAAGAUUCAUGUUGCUCAACCUCAAGCAAGAGAUGAUAUCAAGAGAACGCCAUUUAUCCCUGAAUCUGUCAAGAACUUAAAGAAAUACGACCCUGAAGAUCCAAACAGGAGAAAGCUAGCUAGGGAUAUCGAAGCUGAAAAUGGUGGUGCUGGUGUCUUCAAUGUCAACUUGAAGGACAAAUACUUACUAGAAGAUGAUGAUUGGAAGAACGAUAUCAUGCCAGAAAUCUUAGAUGGUAAGAAUGUUUAUGAUUUCUUGGACCCUGAAAUAGCUGCUAAACUACAAGCUCUAGAAGAAGAAGAAGAAAAAUUGGAAAACGAAGGAUUUUACAAUUCUGACGAUGAGGAAGAAAUCUACGAUGGUUUCGAAGCAUCUGAAGUAGACGACGUCAAGGAGAAAGCUGCAUGGAUUAGAAAUAGGCAAAAGACGAUGAUUGCUGAGGCAAGAAAUAGGAAGUCCUUAAAGAAUAAGGCUAUCAUGCCACGUUCUAAACUAACUAAGUCCUUUGGUAGAAUGGAAGAACACAUGUCCACUUUGGGCCAUGAUAUGUCAGCCUUACAAGAUAAACAGAAACGUGCUGCUCGUAAGAACCGCUACGUUGAAAGGGGUUCUGAUGUUGUUUUCGGUGACCAAGAUGCCUUAACAGCUUCUACCGACAAUGGUGUCAAGUUAAGACAAACCGAUAGAUUAUUGGAUGGUGUUGCUGAUGGUUCCAUGAGAUCCAAGGCCGACAGAAUGGCCAAGAUGGAAAGGAGAGAAAGAAACAGACAUGCCAAGCAAGGUGAAUCUGAUAGACACAAUGCUGUUUCCUUAUCAAAGCAUCUAUUCAGUGGUAAGCGUGGUGUCGGUAAGACUGAUUUCCGUUGA